UGACAGAUCGAUAAGUAACACAUCGUGGUUCACGAGUCAAGAAUGCAACUACGCACGUAAAAACGCAUCACGUGUUGAUAAGGUUAAUCAACGGCGAUAACGAGUCGCGUCAUUCAGUCAUUCGUGGCGAGCUUCUGCAGAACGAGGUCUAUUGAAAUGUCCUAUCAAGCUAAUGGAGCCUGUGUCGAGGCGGAUGAUCUUGUGCCUAUUUUGGCACCUACCACUGAUAUUUUACCGCGAUUGAAGACUUUGGCAGCUCAUUUCAUCACCAAAUACAAUGUAGAGCCUUCCUUUAUCGUUAGAGUGCCAGGAAGAGUUAAUCUGAUAGGCGAGCACAUUGAUUAUUGCGGAUAUUCAGUCUGUCCAAUGGCUAUUGAACAAGAUAUUCUUGUCGCGGUAACAUUAUCGAAAGAUAAUGAAAUUCAUCUCACCAAUGUAGAUUCGAAAUACGAAGACUUCCGAUGCAGUUUCGACAACACAGGAUCUUAUAUUAGCGAUAGCGAAAGCGGGCCGGCAUGGUAUAAAUAUUUUCUAUGCGGUGUAAAAGGAGCGCUGGAAAUAAUCCCGGCGGAGUCAGUUCCAACGGGAAUUCUGAUUGCGGUAUGGGGAAACAUUCUCCCUAAUUCUGGCCUUUCGAGUUCCAGCGCGUUGGUCUCGGCCGCGCUCCUCUCGGUCGUACACGCUAGUCAGCACCAGUUAUCGAAGCAUGAAUUGGCAACUAUCAGUGCUCGAGCAGAGAGAUAUAUCGGCACUCAAGGUGGUGGAAUGGAUCAAGCUAUCGCUUUUCUUGGGAAAGCAGGUAUGGCUAAGUUGAUAGAGUUUAAUCCCCUGCGUGCAACUGAUGUAACAUUGCCAGAAAAUGCAGUGUUCGUAAUAGCACAUAGUCAAGCAUAUCAUAACCCGAUUUGCCGCACAGGUAUUUAUAUUUUUUUUAUAGUAAUAUCGCAUCUUUUAAGAAAAAAAAUUUUCAUAAUAGCCAAGAAAAGAAAUAUGGAUUGGGAGCGUGUUCAAAAAUUAAUCGACAUUCAGGAGAGGCUCGCUUUAGAUUUGGACGAGAUGGUUACUGUAGUAAUGACAGAACUACACGAAGAACCGUAUACUCUUGACGAGAUCUGCGAGACCCUCAGUACGGAUUACGAACGAUUGAAGAAAACGUCUCUCGUCAGUUCCUUUAAUAUCUCGCAAACGUUCAAACUGCAGCAACGAGCUCUGCACGUUUUUCAAGAGGCCGACAGAGUGCUCGCGUUCCGCCAUAUAAACGAGGAGGGCAGCAUAAUGGAACACGAGAAGCUUCAACAUCUAGGCAACCUGAUGUCGAAGAGCCAUGCCAGUCUCUAUAAACUGUACGAGUGCAGCCAUCCUAGCGUGGAUGCGCUCGUCGAAAGAGCUAUACUUUGCGGUGCAUUCGGCGCUCGGCUCACAGGAGCUGGUUGGGGCGGUUGCAUCGUAGCUAUUAUUGAUAAAAACGGAGUUCAGCAAUUCGUCGAGGCUCUCCGAGCAUAUCUUUGUCAAAACAGCACAAAGAAUCAAGCGGAACUAGAAUGGAUGGUGUUCCCGACGUCACCAAAUCAGGGCGCUAUUAUUUACACAGCGUCAACACUGUUUUGAAUCAUAAAACCCCUACGAUAAAUAAAUACAUAUAGUGGUUU